AUGCACCACGUAUUUCAGUGGCUUGACGACUGGCCUGUGCAGUGUGCCUAUCUGACGGACACUGGUUCCAUUUACUGCGCGACUGGCCGGCGGCCAGCGGUGUCGCUCAGUCGGCUGGCGCUGACGGCCAAGUCGGUGCGCGCCCUGGUGGAGGCGUGGCUGGUGACGCCGCGCGCCAUCGCCUGUCUGGUGCCGCCGCUGCCGGACGGAGCCGACCCGAUCGGCCUGCCGGGCCCCGGACUGCUGGUCACGUUUCAGCGUCUGGGGCUGCUGCAGAAGCGCGUCACCUGCCUCUACUUCACCAAAGACCGGCUGCGCAGACUGUGGGACUUUGUGAACCAGGUGGACGCGCGCUGGAGCGCCGCCGGCGUCUCGGUGCCGUGCGUGGUGACGCUGGCCUGCUACGGCCGCUUCCUCCACGCCGCCAUCGCCGGAUGGGAGGAGUGCGAGUGCGACAAGGUGUUCCGGGCGCUGUCGAGCCGCUGCUGUAUGACCCAGCUGGCCGAGCGGGUGCUCAGAGGAACGGCCGGCGCCGCGCCCCAGGACGAGGUCAACCUGCGCCUCUUCUACAGGCUGGUGCUGCUGGACCCGUGUCGGACCGCCCGCGACCGGCAGCUGUGGACGGAGCGUAUCCUGGCCGGACACUCGGUGCACCGGCAGGCGCGCCUGCUCUACCUGCUCUACGGACCGCGCACACACAAGGAGCUGCUCUGGGAGGAGACCACCGACAGCAUCCCGCACGGCGCGCACCAGGCGGCGCAGCACUUUGCCGAGCUGGCGGCGGCGCUGACGCGGCUGGCGACCGCCCCGGGCUGGUCGGGCGCCGCGCUGGCCGACCUGCUCGAGCACCUGGUGGCCGCGCCGGCGCCCUGGCUGGCAGAGAACGUGGCCUGCCUGCUGCUGCUGGCCGGCGAACAGGUGGCCGUGCCGCUGCUGGCCGCUCAGGCGCGCGCCGGGCGUACCGGCCAGGUGGCCCGCCUGCUCGGCGCGCUCUGCAUCAUGACGCACAAGUUCCGCCGGAGCCAGCACUGGGUGCUGACGGUAGUGCGCCAGCUCUGCCAGGAGAUCGGCAGCGCGCGCGACCGCGGCGGCCUGGUGCGGGCCAUCUGGGACGCCUUCACCUGCCAGAUCAUGGACCUCUGGGACCUGCUCCGGUCACACGAAGACCCGGACCUGAUCGAGGAGGACAUCCGUCUGCUGGUGUCAGCGCACGCCGAGUUCGGAAAGGUGGUCAUGUGCCGCGCGCUCGUGUCCGACGGCCUGCAAUGCUGACGAAGUCGCCGCCAGCACUACUGAAACAGCCGCCGCCCGGCCGAGCCGGCUUGGUCUGCACUGCUGACCGAUUCACGGCUUCCCUCGCUGGCCUGGUGACCUGAUGAGUUGCCAACUGGUCAGCCAGGCCCCUGCCUAACCGGGGGCCUCCAGCGUCCGUACUCAUUUUCGAGAUAAAACCCGCGUUUUUCCAUGUUGAUGUGAUAAUCAUGACAGUACAAAGACAUGAGACCAGCGUCUUUCCACAUGCGUGUGAUAAUCAUGAGUACAAUGAUCUAAAACUUUCAUCUCUUCAUAUUAGUGUGAUAAUCAUGUGUGUAUAUUGACGCCGUUAUCUGUUAUAUGGUGUUAUAUUUUUUACUUGCAAUCCACAUAUUUAUAUAUUUCAUAAGAACAUGGACUGUUCUACCUUUUAUGAUUUGUGUUCGUUUUUGUGCCAUUGAUCGCAAGUUGGGAAUAAAUAAAAUCGUAUUGCAGCAUUAGCUGUGCUAAAA